AUGUGUACAAAUAUUAUCUUUACUCCAGAGAAUCUAAAAGAAGGUAUUUGUAGUUGUAAUCUAAUCAAUUAUCUGUUGUAUACAAUAUACACAUAUCUGUAUGUUUCUUUAUUAAAAUAACAACGUACAUUUAACUUUGCUCCAGUAAAUCCAAGAGAAAGUAUUUAUAGUUGAACAAGUGAAGAUAAAUUAUUCUGUUGGAUUCCCAAUAAAAAGUAAAAUUUAUUGAUCAUAAUAUAUCAAUUAUGUAAAUAACAAUGCAGACAUUUGCACAUUAACUUCACUCCAAGUGAAUCCAAGAGAUGGUAUUUGCAGCUGAGCAAAUUAUAAUCUAAUUAUCAAAUCAAUUAUUCUGUUGGAUUUCCAAUAAAAAGUAAAAUUUAUUGACCACAUUAUAUAAAUAGCUGUAUGUUUUAUAUUCCUUUAUCAAAAUAACAGGAAUACAUAUAAUACAUAGAUGUGUACAAAUAUUAUCUUUACUCCAGAGAAUCUAAGAGAAGGUAUUUGUAGUGGAACAAGUUAUAAUCUAAUCAAUUAUUCUGUUGUAUACAAUAUACAAAUAUCUGUAUGUUGCUUUAUUAAAAUAACAACAUGCAGACAUUUACAAAUAUUGACUUUGUUUAACUUUGCUCCAGUGAAUCCAAGAGAUGGUAUUUGCAGUUGAGCUAAUUAUAAUCUAAUUAUCAAAUCAAUUACUCUGUUGAAUCUCCAAUAAAAAGUAAAAUUUAUUGACCACAUUAUAUAAAUAGCUGUAUGUUUUAUAUUCCUUUAUCAAAAUAACAGGAAUACAUAUAAUACAUAGAUGUGUACAAAUAUUAUCUUUACUCCAGAGAAUCUAAGAGAAGGUAUUUGUAGUGGAACAAGUUAUAAUCUAAUCAAUUAUUCUGUUGUAUACAAUAUACAAAUAUCUGUAUGUUUCUUUAUUAAAAUGACAGACAUUUACAAAUAUUAACUUUGUUUAACUUUGCUCCAGUGAAUCCAAGAGAAGGUAUUCACAGUUGAGAAAAUUAUUCAUUAUUUGUUAAUCACAAACAACGUGUGUUUUCGGUUUAAAUUUCAGAAGAAAUUUGUUCAAAAUAUUAACUUUCUUUUCCUCGGAAAAUAUCGAGAAAGUAGACUCGGCUACAACCGAUUUUGAUAUUUGUUCGAUGCAGUAUUUGCACUGUUCGAUCGAAUCGCUCUAACGCGGAAGGCCAAGCCAACUCGAACGAUAACUUUCUCCCAUUGAGAAUUCUGCCAUACACGGAUAAGGAAUUUAUCGGUUGGUCGCGCUCUUAGGAUUCGUUACUGAAUUCCCUGGCUUGUUCUUCUAAAUUAGCUCUCUACCAUCCCCAGUUAACCGGUCGCCAUUUCGAUCGCGUAAUCAGCGGAAGUUGCCAGAGUUUCGUGCAUUGGUUUCUUAUUGUUGUUGGUAGAAUUUUACAGUUCGUCCUUUUUCCGCAAUUUUUGUUGCCAUGCAAAAUGCCAAUGCUAGAAAUUUAACGUUCUAAUACUAUCGGGUGGUACUUGUUUGUGUGACACAAAUUUACCAACGAAUCAUCCUUUCUUUGAUGUCAUUCCGCAAUACGCGAUGACGAUCGCGUUAGGUGUAAUUACUGUCGAUAAUUGAUGCAAUUAUCGGUGUCCGGGCAUCAUCGUCGAGAGUGAAGAAGCGUAAAAAAAAAAAAAAAAAGAGAAGAAAUCGAUCGAUCGAAGAUGCAAUUAGCGGCGAACGCCUAUCUGGUUCAUCUGGUUCCCCCUUUCUCGACUGUCGUGGCUAAUUGAGGCUAAUUGCGACGAUCAUCCGUCUUACGACUUUAUUCGUCUGCUCGAGGAUGUUCGCGAAUCACGUUCAACUUCAAAGAAAAAAAAAAAAAAAAAGAAAAAAACGAAGCGAAGUUUACAGAAAGAUAAAACUCUUCGUCCGAACAAUCCCUUGUGUAUAUCUGGUGUUCGAAUUCUUUCGUAAUAUCUCUAAUAUUAUAAACUUCAACAUCUUAAUCAUUUAAUAAUUCUUUUAUAAAUUAAGUCGUACACUGUUCCUCAGGUUUCACCGGCACGCAGUGCGAGAUCGACAUCGACGAAUGCGCGGCGAAGCCGUGCCUGAACGGGGGCGUUUGCACCGACCUGAUCAACUCGUUCAAAUGCAACUGCGCGAACGGAUUCGCCGGCUCUCACUGUCAGAUCAACAUAGACGACUGCGCCUCGUCGCCGUGCAAGAACGGCGGCAUCUGUCAAGACUCGAUAGCCAAGUACACGUGCGACUGCCCGCCAGGAUUCACGGGUGCAUCCUGCGAGACGAACAUCAACGACUGCCAGUCGAAUCCCUGUCACAGCGGCAGCUGCAUCGACGGCGAGAACAGCUUCAGCUGCAACUGCUUCCCAGGAUUCACCGGCAAACUGUGUCAAACGCAGAUCGACGAGUGCGAGAGCAAUCCUUGCCAAUUCGGCGGGAGGUGCGAGGACCGUAUCAAUGGCUACCAGUGCAUUUGCAGACCGGGAACAUCCGGGACCAACUGCGAGGUGAACGUGAACGAAUGUUACAGCAAUCCUUGUAGAAACGGAGCGAGAUGUAUCGACGGUAUCAACAGGUACUCGUGCGAGUGUGAGCCAGGGUUCACCGGUUCGCACUGCGAGACGGAUAUCAACGAGUGCGCCAGCAAUCCCUGCGCGAACGGCGGACGGUGCAUAGAUUUGAUAAACGGCUUCCGGUGCGAUUGUCCUCGCGGCUACUACGAUGCCAGAUGUUUAAGCGACGUGGACGAGUGCGCCAGCAAUCCUUGCGUGAACGGCGGCACUUGCGAGGACGGCGUGAACCAGUUCAUCUGCCACUGUUUGCCCGGCUACGGUGGCAAGAGAUGCGAGGCGGACAUCGACGAGUGCGGCUCGAAUCCGUGCCAGCACGGUGGCACUUGCAACGACCAUUUGAACGGCUACAGUUGCAAGUGUUUGGCCGGAUAUGCCGGCACCAACUGCGAGACGAACAUCGACGACUGCGCGAACAAUCCGUGCCAGAACGGCGGCUCCUGCAUCGAUCUGGUCAACGAUUACAAAUGCGUUUGCGAGCUACCGCACACCGGCAGGAACUGCGAGGACAAGCUGGAUCCUUGUUCUCCCAACAAGUGUCUCCACGGUGCCAAGUGUUCACCGUCCUCGAAUUUCCUCGAUUUCGCCUGCACUUGCACGGUCGGUUACACUGGCCGACUCUGCGACGAGGACGUGGACGAGUGUAUAAUGACCUCUCCGUGCAGAAACGGCGCCACUUGCAGAAACACCAAUGGCUCCUAUCAGUGCCUUUGCGCAAAGGGGUACGAGGGUCGUGAUUGCAUCAUCAACACCGACGACUGCGCUUCGUUCCCCUGUCAGAACGGUGGCACCUGCCUGGACGGUAUCGGUGACUACACGUGCCUCUGCGUGGAUGGUUUCAGCGGGAAACACUGCGAGAUCGACGUGGACGAGUGUCUGUCACAGCCGUGUCAGAACGGCGCUAUCUGCAAGGAGUACGUAAACUCGUACACCUGUCAGUGUCAGCUCGGAUUCUCCGGCAUAAAUUGUCAGACCAACGACGAGGAUUGCACCGACAGUAGCUGCAUGAACGGUGGUAAAUGCAUCGACGGGAUCAACAACUAUACGUGCGUCUGCAAGCCCGGUUACACCGGCUCCAACUGUCAGUAUCGCAUCAACGAAUGCGACAGUUUACCGUGUUUGAACGGUGCCACGUGUCACGACCACGUUCAGUAUUACACUUGCCACUGCCCUUACGGAUACACCGGGGCUAGAUGCGACCAGUACGUAGAUUGGUGCGCGGACAAUCCUUGCGAGAAUCAAGCCACCUGCGUUCAGCACAAGAACAAGUAUCAGUGUAACUGUUCCCCUGGCUGGACCGGCAAGGUCUGCGACGUCGAGAUGGUUUCCUGCAAGGACGCGGCCAUAAGGAAAGGAGUGCCCGAGAAAAAUCUGUGUAACAACGGCACGUGCGAGGACAUCGGCAACAGUCAUCGUUGCCACUGCCUGGAAGGGUACACGGGUUCUUACUGUCAGGAGGAAGUGAACGAGUGUGACUCGGCCCCCUGUCAGAACGGCGCCACUUGCAAGGACCUCGUCGGAUCUUACCAGUGUCAGUGCACGAAAGGUUUCCAAGGGCAGAACUGCGAGCUGAACGUGGACGACUGUAGGCCUAAUCCUUGCCAGAACGGCGGCACGUGUCACGAUCUUAUCAGCAACUUCAGCUGCUCCUGCCCUCCCGGCACACUGGGCUUCAUAUGCGAGCUGAACGUGGACGACUGCGCUGUCGGCACUUGCCACAACAACGGGACCUGCACCGACAAGGUCGGCGGCUUCGAAUGCAAAUGUCCGCCAGGCUUCGUGGGACCUAGAUGCGAGGGUGAUAUCAACGAGUGCCUGUCCAAUCCCUGCGCAUCGCCGGGGACUCAGGACUGCGUGCAACUAGUCAACAACUAUCACUGCAACUGCAAGCCUGGCUACAUGGGACGCCACUGCGAGGUGAAGGUGAACUUCUGCGACAGCUCGCCGUGUCAGAACGGCGGCGUUUGCACCGCGAAGCAGGCUGGCCACACGUGCCUCUGCCCGAGCGACUAUUACGGGAACAACUGCGAGUUCGCCGGUUCCUACUGCGACCGGGAGCCUUGCUUGAACGGCGGUACCUGCAGAGUGGUUGAAACAGAGAUCGGGUACAGAUGUUACUGCCCACCGGGAACAACCGGCACCCACUGCGAGAUAGAUUCCAGGGACGAGUGCGCCAGCAACCCCUGCCAACAACCCAACGCCGUUUGCAAGAAUCUUCUUGGCGACUACGCUUGCGACUGCCCGCCGAAAUGGACCGGCAAGAACUGCGAGAUUUACGAUCCCAACUACGGCGGCGGUAUCUUUGGCAGCCCGAACUCGAACAUCCCGAAAACUAUGAACGCGUACGAUCUCGAUCUGGAGUUGGAGAGGAAGAAGUGCAUCGAGAACAGGUGCGAGGAGAAGUCUGGUAACCACCAUUGCGACGAGGAGUGUAACAGAUACGCGUGCAACUUUGACGGGAACGAUUGUUCCUUGGGUAUCAAUCCGUGGCGCAAUUGCACCGCUCCCAUCAACUGUUGGGACGUGUUCAUGAACGACGUUUGCGACGAAGUUUGCAACAACGCCCAGUGCUUGUUCGACGGGAGAGACUGCGAAAGGAAAUUGGCACCGUGCAAUCCCAUCUACGACGCCUACUGUCGCAAACACUACGCCAACGGAUACUGCGAUUACGGCUGCAACAACGAGGAGUGCAACUGGGACGGUCUGGAUUGUGACAGAGAACCACCGUCAUUGGCAGAGGGUGUGAUCUCCGUGGUAGUCAGGAUGGACAUGCAAACGUUCCGCUCGAACGUGGUCGCGUUCCUGCGAGACAUCGGCCACGAAUUGAGAACCACGUUGAGGGUAAAGCAGGACGAGCUCGGCAACGACAUGAUAUACCCGUGGAAGAGAGAAAGAGAGCACGGUUUGCAAACCAACAUCUUUGGCCGACCGGCCACCAUCUACACCAACACUCAGAGUGGUGUGAUCGCCUAUCUGGAGAUUGACAAUAGAAAAUGUACCGUCACCCAAGGAGCAGUGUGCUUCCCGUCGGCGAACGAAGCGGCGGAGUAUCUAGCAGCCACUGCGUCCAAACAUUCCUUGUCCCGAAACUUCCCCAUCGAGCAGGUGCGAGGCGUGGUGGGACCGCAGGGUCCAGAGUACCCGGACGCGCCGACCAACUACAAGUACGUUUUCAUCGGUAUCGUGAUCGUGGUGCUCGGAGGGAUGUUGGUCGGUGUGUUGGUCACGGCGCAAAGAAAACGAGCGGUGGGCGUCACUUGGUUCCCAGAGGGAUUCUUGCGCACCAGCAGCGGAAGCGGUCAGCGUCGUAGGUCGAGGAGACGAGGUCCGGACGGCCAAGAAAUGAGGAACCUGAACAAACAACCUUCGGUGAACUGCAUGGACCUCGACGUAGGGAACGGGAGGGCGCAACAGUGGUCGGACGACGAGUCGGAUUUACCACCAUCGAAGAGGAUGAGAGCGAUAGAGCCUGGAUACGCCAGCGAUCAUACCGCAAUUACGGAUUACGAGGAGACGGAGCCUCGAAUGUGGACUCAGCAGCACUUGGACGCCGCGGAGAUUCGCAGACCGGACGCUGGAGUGUUGACACCACCGAGUCUCGAGCACGGCCAAGACGUGGACCCGAGGGGACCCUGCGGGAUGACACCGUUGAUGGUCGCUGCCGUACGAGGUGGUGGAUUGGACACCGGGGAAGAGGAGGACGAAAGCGACGGAACGGCGGCUGUGAUCGCCGAUCUGGUCGCCCAGGGUGCAGACCUGAACGCCACCACGGACAAGAGCGGCGAGACGUCUCUUCACCUGGCGGCUAGGUACGCCAGAGCUGACGCAGCGAAGAGACUGCUCGAUGCUGGCGCCGACGCCAACUCGCAGGACAACACCGGUAGAACGCCUCUUCAUUCGGCCGUCGCCGCUGACGCGAUGGGAGUCUUCCAAAUACUGUUGAGGAACAGAGCGACGAAUCUGAACGCCCGUAUGCACGACGGGACCACGCCGUUGAUACUCGCCGCCCGCCUGGCUACCGAGGGCAUGGUAGAGGAUCUCAUCAACGCUGACGCCGACAUCAACGCAGCUGACAACAGUGGGAAAACGGCCCUGCAUUGGGCCGCGGCUGUCAACAACGUAGACGCCGUGAACAUACUUUUGGUUCACGGCGCGAACAGAGACGCGCAGGACGACAAAGACGAGACGCCGUUGUUCCUCGCCGCCAGGGAAGGCAGCUUCGAAGCGUGCAAAGCGUUGCUCGACACUUUCGCCAACCGAGAGAUAACCGACCAUAUGGAUCGAUUACCGAGAGACGUGGCCAGCGAGAGACUGCAUCACGACAUCGUCCGAUUGCUGGACGAACACGUACCCAGAUCGCCGCAGAUGGUGAAUGUGAUACCAAACGGCCCUCUCAUGGGCUCGCCGAAUCAUCCGCAACUCAUUACGCAUCCGACUGUGAUCGGUUCCGCGCCGAAGCAAGCCAAGUCGAAGAAACGGCCGAAAAACGGCGCCACGGGGAAUCCGAACAGUCCCGAGUCGGAGGCCGGUGUCGUGGUGGUGAGGCGAAAACCCUCGGUGAAGAAGCCACCGGCGAAACGCGGUGCUCAGCCCCCAAACCAGGAGAUCCCUCAGGGUGCGGAGGGGGCGGAGGGAAACUUGCCGAGCCCGUACGACAGCGCGAGUUUGUACAGCAACGCGCUACCGUUGGUGAGCCACACAGCCACGGCGAAACAACCACCGCCGUACGAAGACUGCAUAAAGGGGCAGUCGAUGCAGGGCCUUCAGCAGUUGGGCCUGGACACGUUCACGACCAAUUACGGGUUGCCUAAUUUUCACGACCAACUGCUAGCGUCGCACCAACGACAAGCGCAAGGGAUGGUGAACACGUUGUCGCCGCCGUACAGUAACCAGUCACCGCCGCACUCGGUCCAGUCGAACAUGACCCUGUCGCCGCAGGCGAGCUACAUGGGCUCGCCGUCCCCGGCGAAGAGUAGGCCCUCGUUGCCUACGUCGCCCACCCACAUCGCCGCUAUGAGGCAAGCGACGCAUCAGAAACACGGUGGCAUGCCACCGGUGGGGUUCGACUUUGAGAAUCUGCCCUAUUCGUCGACACCGGAGAGUUUCCCUACGCCGUCCCCGGACAGUCCAGGUCACUGGUCCUCCAGUUCGCCGCACUCAAACAGCGACUGGUCCGAGUGCAUGGCGUCGCCGAACGCGUACGGUGCCGGAGCCAACCACCAAAGUAACAAAGGCUCCGAGGCGAUCUACAUAUGA